AGAUAUCCAAAAUUUGGUUUUGACAGAGCCUUAGUUUUAUUAUCAGGAUUCAUCCCGCGGAUAUUUUCGGAACGGAUUCGAUCCCGGAAUAAUAAGUCCCAGGCCUACUCCUACGGCGACCGUAAGCUGAUAAGCAUGGCACGCGACGAUUCACCGGGGCUGAAAUCUCUGGAGGCGUUGAUUGGUGGUUGUCUGCCGGAGAAUCUCUCAAAGUUAGCUUCUACAUCUCUUGCAGUUCCAGCGAAUAACGAUUUCCACUUUUUCUACACGAUCGAGGAGGAGUUCAGGCGUGGGAUCGAUGAGAUUUCAGGAAGCUCGCAGUGUGUUCUUGAGACGAUAGGUGGCUUCUGUGGGAAACAGAUGAGAUGUUCAGGAGAUGAUGAUGAUGCGUAUGACUGGCUUGUUAACCUGAACGAUGGAGUUCUCCAGAGAAUCGAUGAGGAUUUGGAUUUGGGAAAUCCAAAGAAGAAGGAAAUUGAUGGAAAGGCAAAGAAGGUUUCAUUCCAUAUAGCAACGAUAAAGAAGCCUCAGGAGGAGUAUAAGAUUUUGGUCAACAACCGAAAUGUACCGUUUCAGCAUGUUUGGCUGGAAAAGAAGGACAACAAUCUCGGCUUUAUUCAUCCACUGGAGAAACUUUCGGUGAUGGACUUUGUUGAUAAAAAUCUAUCAGAGAUGAAACCUGUUGAUCCCCUCCCUUUGGAAGGAACUCCAUUCAAGUUUGUUCAAGAAAUCAUUGAUCUGAAGGAUUUAGCUGCGAAACUGUCUAGUGUUGAAGAGUUUGCUGUUGAUCUGGAGCAUAAUCAGUAUAGGUCUUUUCAAGGAUUAACAUGCUUGAUGCAAAUAUCUACAAGAACGGAAGAUUAUAUAGUUGAUACAUUCAAGCUUUGGGAUCACGUUGGUACUUUUCUCCGGGACGUCUUCAAAGACCCUAAAAAGAAAAAGGUAAUGCAUGGAGCAGAUCGAGAUAUUAUUUGGCUUCAACGUGACUUCGGCAUAUAUGUAUGCAAUCUCUUUGACACAGGACAGGCCUCAAGAGUGCUAAAGCUGGAGAGAAAUAGUCUUGAAUUUCUUCUGAAACAUUAUUGUGGAGUUGCUGCAAAUAAACAGUGGGUCAUAAUUCAGCCUUUGUUAUUUGUUCUUACGCACUCAUCUUCUCACUUCAACGUCAUUGUCCCAAUUGGCUGCAGAUACCAAAAUGCAGACUGGAGAAUACGACCCCUUCCAGAUGUAAUGACAAGAUAUGCUAGAGAAGAUACACAUUAUCUUUUGUACAUUUAUGAUGUAAUGCGAAUAGAUUUGCACACAGUAGCAAAAGAAGACGAGAAACCUGACUCCCCUCUGGUAGAGGUUUACAAGCGCAGCUAUGAUGUGUGCAUGCAACUAUAUGAGAAAGAGCUUCUGACUGAGAAUUCAUAUCUUCAAAUUUAUGGGGUUCAGGCAGCUAAUUUCAAUGCGGUUCAACUUGCCAUUGUUGCGGGGCUUUGUGAAUGGCGAGAUCGGAUUGCACGAGCAGACGAUGAGAGCACUGGUUAUGUAUUACCAAAUAAAACUCUUCUUGAAAUAGCGAAGGAAAUGCCAAUUAAUGUGGGAAAGUUGCGACGGUUGUUAAAGUCAAAGCUCCCUUACAUCGAGCGUAAUGUUGAUGCUGUGAUCAGUGUCAUCAGGCGAUCAAUGCAAAAUGCUGCGGCGUUCGAGCCAGUUGUUCAAUCUUUAAAAACAUGGCAUCCUAGAACGGUCUUUGAGAAGAAUAUUGAAAGCACCACUGAGGAAACAUGCAUAGAAGCUGUUUUGUCUUCUUCUGUGAGUUCGAAGAUGUUUUUGCAGGUUGAAAAUAACACCCGGGGCGUCAGGACCAGAGGCUUGUGUGGUUCAGAAAAGGUUAGUGUGGAUGUUUCGAAGGAACAAAGCGGUGGUUGUGUAGCUUUGCCUUCAAAGAGGAAGUUUGGAAGUGAGAACAAGGCAGAUGAAGAGGUCAAAGUGUCCAAGUCAAAGCCACCAUGUGUCUCUAGGCCAGAUGAGAUUAUUAUACUGUUGGAUGACGAUGAUGAGUCUGAUGAAGAAACAUCGGACGCCGAAGAUGAUGCGGAUAGUGUUUCAGAAACGCCUUUUAAGGGACCGGAUAUAUCAAUGAACGUGAAGAAGACAUGUGGUCCGGAUAUUAUCGUGUUAAAUGAUGAUGACUCAGAUGAUGACUCAGAUGAUGACUCAGAAACUGAUGAUGGUAGGAAAAGGGAAGUUGAAAGGAUGAAUGUGAUACAUGAACAGCAGGGAAAAUUCAUGAGUUUGAAACCGGGCUUUCUCAACAUUUAGCUGUUUGAUUAGCUUUUGUUGUAAAGUGUUUCAUUGAAUUGUCUGUAUUAGUUUGUAUUUCUUAUUUGUAUACAAUGUAUUUUUACUUGGUUAA